GGCCUGUGGUGUUUACUUGAUUGGCUACUAGUUGAUUCUCUGUAGCAACGCCAUGGCAACACAACUUUGAUGGGAAGAUGAGUCAUGUGACGGAUGCAUGCAACAGAAACAUGCUGAGCCGUCGGAUGAUCUGCAGGAAUCUGCGGAAUCUCCCAGUUCAGCUGGUGCAACCUCUCCGGACUUUGGACAGCCCCAGAUCCUGGUGACACCCGCCAGCGAUGUCACUGGCCUCCCAACACCGGAUUUCGGGAACGAAAAAACGAGUGAGUCCAAAGCGAGUGAGACUCAAGGUGAGGAAGUUCAGAGGAGCGUUGAUUCGCCAAAAUUUGGCUUUGCAGUUCCUCCAUCACCUGAUGCCGAAUGGGACACGCUCAAGCUACCAGAAGUGGAUUCAGGACAUGGAGAUCAACACCCUUCCACACCUGAUUUUGGAAGUCUGGGCCGCCACAACCCUUUCUUGGACCUCGGCAGUGCAGCUAGUAGCCCACAGGCCAGUCGUGAAAAUAGCCCAGAACACUCAGCCAAACCCCGACUCUCUGUUGACAUGCUACUACCCUCCCCGUCCUCUCCUAGUCGCGAGGGAAGGACACACUCGACAGAUCGGAAUGUUCGAACUCAAAAGGUCUCAGAUCGGAAGUCUCCAGACUCAAAGACUUUCGACUUUGAGAUUGAUCAACAAAGGGAAGAUGGUGAUGACUUGGAAGGUCAUGCAGAGAGUGCCGAGCUGCUACAGGAGUGCUUCAGACUGGAUGAAGAACUUCAGAGCAAGAAAGAGAUGCUCAAAUGGUUCUAUCAAGAGCUGGAGGCUACAUCAGCCAAGUUGGAGACUUCCCGUACACAUUUGGAAGAAAGUCAAGCAUCCAGGUCCGAGUUGGCGGAAGAACUAGAUGCUUCCUUGACGCUAGUUGAGAAGUUGGAAGGAAAACUGGAGAGGCUCCAUGCUCAGGAGCACAGCAGCCAAGUGUUUGAGGACCACGUGAAUGAGGCAGAAACUUUAGGCUGCGGUGUACUGACAUGCGCAGAGGGCUUCAUUCAUUUCUUGCAUGUUUUUGUUGCCCCUGGGAAGGCCAAAGAACUCCAGCUCAGUUUGCAGAACGAGGAAAAUAUUUGUCGAACUCUUCGCUUUGAACAUGAUGACUUGGCAUCAGAGCUCCGAGACUUCCGCGAGAAACUUUGUGAUGCUCAGCGUACAGCAGAGGAAGCAUCCAAGCUUCGCAUUUGCAAGCACGAGGCUGCUACUUUGGGAGAAGCUUUGGAAAAAGCAGAGGCGGCCUUGAGAAAGGAGCAGGCAGAUUCAUUCGAAAGAGCCGCAGCCUUGAGAACAGAGGACUCUGACCUCUUUGAUGAGCUGGCACACACUCAAGCCCAACUCAAGCAGUCGCGUUUGGACUCCGCACAACGGCUUGCAGAGAUGAAGGAAUUGGAGGAUAGCUCCGCCAAGGAAAUGUUUGCUGCAAUGCAAGCGCUUGCGGAGUCAAAUGCAGAAGUUGAAGCAGCAACAGCUUCGGAAUGGAAGGCAGACGCUGCUUUUGAGCAACUGGCAGAUAUGUCUAGGGAGCUUUCCGACGCAACUGCUCGUGCAGGCUCUGAAAGCGAGCAACAUGCUGCAAUCCUUGCUGCCUCCAAAGCCCAUGCGGAGAUGGAGACAGCAAAGAUGAAACAGCAGUUGGCAGACCUGGCUGCCCAGCUUCAAGUGGCCGACUCCAAGUGGAAGAAUGCAGAAGCACGGUUGGCAGUGACAGAAAGCUGCAGUGGCACAUCCAACAUGCAGAGAGAAGGACUUCUGGAAGCAAGGAUCCAUGACUUGGAAGUCAAACUCUUGGAAGUGGCUGCAUCCAAGCAAAGCGUGGAAAGCCGACUUGAUGCCUCUGAAGCCCGCCUGCAACAACUUCAAUCGAACGUUGAUGACGAGCUCUUGGCCAAACGUGCGGCAGAAGUCCGCCUUGCACAGGUUGAGAAGUCUUCCAAGUCGCUGGAUAUGAAACUGGCAAUGGCAGCCGAAUGUGAACAAGAUGCCGAGGUGCAUUUGACUCAAGCAGAAGAGAUGAGCUGGGACUUGCAGCGGCAACUGGAAAGGGAGAGCCGUUCUCGCGGAUCUGUCAGCAUGCGCUUGCAAGAGGCUGAGCAGGAAGCUGAAUCUACAGGUCGCAAGCUGGCUUUGGCCUUGGCAGCACGACAAGCUGCCGAGAGCCGGCUGAGCGCAGAGGAAGUGGUUUUUCAGCAGUUGGAGGCUUCCCUGGCACAUGCGGAAACCACAGCGAGCAGCAGAAGUCAAAAUGCCGUUAGCCUCAAGGCGGAGCUGCACGAAAGAACCAUGCGCCUGGAAACAGAGAUCCAAGCACAGAAGGCCUCAGAGGCUCAGACUAGAAAGCUUCAAGAUAGCCUCAGAGAUUUGGAAGCAAAGUUGGAAUCUGCCAUCACAGCACGCGAAGAUGUUGAUGCGGCACUCAAGGAGUCUCAGCGCUUUGCAACCAAGAUGUCGCAGGAGUUGAUCUCUUGCCAGGACGCAGCAAAGGCGGAACUCGCCAGCUACCAGAUUGAUGGCAAGGUAGAGUCUGCCUCACAGGUGCAGGCCAAGGUGCUGAAGCAGCAAGAAAUGUCGGAAAGGCUUCAAUCAGAAGUUGCUGACGAGACAAAGCUUGCAGCCACCUACAAGGCUCUUGCUGGAACUCUGGAAAUGGAGGUUGAGACCGAGAAGCAGGGACGUGAACAGGCUCAGGAGGCAUUUGGGAAAGCAAAGGAUUCUGCAAACUCCUUGGAAUGUCAGCUUGCAGCAGCCUCUGCAAUGGCUGAAAGGCUGAAGGCUCAUCAGGAUGAGAACGAGCAAAGUGAUGCCAAGUCAUCCGCUGCACUUUCGCUUGCCAGGGAAGAGCAGGCUGAGCAACAACUCGAGAUCAAUGAGCUGAGACAAGAAUUGCUGCUUGCACGCCAGCAGCGGAGGGCAGCUUUGCAGGCCUCUGAGAGAGCACAGAUGGCGCGUGUAAAGCAACAGCAGCAGGCGGUGAGCUUGCGGAAAAGAAGCGAGCAAAAUGAAGCGGCACGCUCGGCAUCAAUUACGUCCCUCAUUGAAGAAAACGGAGCACUUGUCCGAGAGCAACAUGGCGAGCUGCUUUCAGAAAUCAAAGUAUGCCAGGCUGUUUUGGCGAGCCGUGCAGUCGAGCUAUCAAAGUCUCAGGAUGAGUGCUCCAACCUGAAACUUCAAGUUAGCCAGCUCGUCCAGAAGGCCGACGGUGCGGAGAAGCUUGCAGAGUCUGAGCAGCAAUGUUGUCGCGUGCUUCUGCAGCAGCUGGAGGACAUGACACUUCAGUCGAUCGAAUCAGCAGCACGCUCCCCACAGGUGCUUCUUUCAAGAACGGACGUCGCCAAGGCACUUCAGCUGCGAGAUGAGCUGGCUGCUUUGCAGGUUUGCCAGCUACAAAGUGAGGCUGCUGCGGUUCGGCGUCAGUUGGCAGUUGGAGGGGCCUGUUUCGCUGCGACUGUGUCUGGAGGUGACCCGAUCGAGCACGCUACUCCACUGCGUAGGACUUUGGCAACACCUGUACACAUGGAGGACGCACAACUUGGUGAAGAAGGUCAGGUGUCUGCCUUGCCGCUCUCAGCCAGUGUUGGAAGCGUCAGCCCCCUAAGCUCGCUGCAAGCGAAUUCAGGGUCUCAGUGCCCACUACCCUGGGGUCCACCACCAACGAAAGUGCAGGACUUGCUCUUCAGCGCCAGUUCCAGUCCUGUUUCCUCUCGCGCUCGGGAAAGAUAGAGUCUCCGCACAAUGCCAGAGUGCGGCUGAAGUCGAAAGUGACGAUGGCACAAAGUGGCCACCUAUUUGUACCAUAUAGUUAAAUAUAGUUAACGAUCCCGCAGAUUUUGUGCGGCUUUCAGCUAAUGUAAAGGGCAUUGCAAGGCAUUGCCGUAUGGCAUCCAACACCACAAGUGGGCGCCAGCGUGAAAUGGAGUCGUGCUUGUUUGAGACCG